GAGGGUUAGUAAAAGAACUACUUACGUAAAGUAUGGUUUGUCUAUUCUAUUGUAAUGAUAACCUCUUAUCAUUUGACAGUGACCUGAUGUUUUUGUUAAAAUUCGGAAUGUUAUUGCAAGUGUCAGGGGCAACGCGAACCUGUCUUGGCAGUUUGUGUCUGCGCUUGGAUGAUUAUGGGUGUCGUGAGAAAUGCAAGUUUAGCGUUCGCAACGCUUCUUCUAGCCGCUGCACUCUUACCAUCCUUCGCCGAUGAGGUCACGUGGGAGAAAUGCAAGAGUACGGACGUCCUCAGCUCCCGUGCUUCCAAGGCGCGCUCCAUGAAGACCUACGGUUGGGACCUUAAGGCCACCAGCCUUUAUUUAUCCCAUUGCAAUAUACUUCACCUGGACGACGUCUUCAGCGGCCUUCCCAAAGUUAAAACCAUCGUUUUAAGCAACAACAAUCUACAAUUCGUCAACCCAGGUGUUUUCAUAAAAGUAUCCGGGCUAUCUGAACUAGAUUUGUCAUUUAAUAGACUUAGCACAGUUCCUGUUUUUGGUCAACAUGGUCUUUUUGAAAGCAUGAAGAAACUAUCAGUUAAUUAUAAUAGAAUAUCUUUACUACUUAAUUUGAAAACCUUCUCAUCCAUGCAGCAAUUGGAAGAGCUAAACUUGGAUAACAACGUUAUACGUCAUAUAGACGCUGAUAUAUUCAAACCUUUGGUCAAUUUGAAAACAAUAAAUCUGGCUUCUAACAAAAUAUCGUUUAUUCCUGAAGGGAUGUUUCAAAUACAGACUUUACAGAAUAUUUAUUUGAACGAUAAUGCAAUCGGUUAUGUAUCACCGAACGCUUUUGAAAGCAAGGUAAAGUCUUUGGAUUUGUCCGCUAACCGACUUGCAUAUCUGCCAAAGGACUGUGUAUCAAAACUGACUAGCGAUGGAUCCAGAUUGAUCAAUCUCGAACUAGCUUCAAAUCCUUGGCAGUGCGCGUGUCUGUUGGAACUGCUCCAUGAUGUGAAGAAGCUUGGCGUGUGUGACGAAUACUACAAAUACGUGUUUGAUGGAGAAAAACCUUUGUGUCUUGCUCAUGAGCAGACGGAGUGCAGCAGACCUAGCGAUGAUGAAGUGUUGCUGUCUGUGGAACUAGCCAACGAUUAUAUAACUCAUACGAAACCCUAUCCAGUUUGUGCGUAAAUGUGCCUUUAAUAAAUUUUAAACCGAA